CGCGAGGUUUCGGCUUAAGAGGCCGUGGAAACGCGAACUCUCGCGAGAGACGCGAUUGCCGCUCGUCCGUGGGCGGGCGGUUAGGCGCAAAGGGGUCGGUGUUUAACCCAGCGCCGUUUUCGUGUUCUUCCUCGGCCUUGAGCUGGAGGACCGCUUGUUCCUUUGUGCGUCAUCUACCUGAGAAAUGAUCGCUUCCCCCUAGUCUAGACACGCUCUGUACAGCAAUAAAAGUAAAUUUACAAGCACUGGAAUAAGACUUGUAAAGGAACAUUGUGCGGCAUGGAGUCACCAUCAGAAGAAUUUUUUAUGAGGGAUCCUGCUGUGGAAGAGCAGAUAAAGCAGGAAACUGAGAAUAAGGUAGAAAAACCAGCUGGCCAACUGGAGAAACAGGAAAAGGAGAUACCUACUGAUCUUGUCCCUGUUAACCUAUUAUUAGAAGUAAAGAAGUUAUUAAAUGCAAUUAAUACUCUACCAAAAGGUGUGGUUCCUCACAUUAAAAAGUUCUUACAAGAAGAUUUUUCCUUCCAAACUAUGCAGAGGGAAGUUGCGGCUAACAGCCAGAAUGGGGAGGAAAUUGUUCCUGCUUUGACUUUACGUUUCUUGAUAACACAACUAGAAGCAGCACUUAGGAACAUUCAAGCUACCAAUUAUACCGCACACCAGAUUAAUAUUGGUUAUUAUUUGACAUUACUAUUUUUAUAUGGAGUGGCACUCACUGAAAGGGGAAAGAAAGAGGAUUAUACAGAAGCUGAGAAUAAAUUCCUGGUGAUGAAGAUGGUGAUCCAAGAAAACGAAAUUUGUGAAAACUUUAUGUCUUUAGUGUAUUUUGGACGUGGUUUACUUCGAUGUGCUCAGAAGAGAUAUAAUGGUGGACUGCUAGAAUUUCAUAAAAGUUUACAAGAAAUAGGAGAUGCAAAUGAUCACUGGUUUGACCUAGAUCCUACAGAAGAUGAAGAUUUACCUACAACUUUUAAAGAUUGUCUUGAUAAUUUUAUUGAGACAACUGAAAGUAAUAUAAUGAAGCAGACGAUUUGCAGCUAUCUAGAUUGUGAGCGAUCUUGUGAAGCUGAUAUUUUAAAGAACACCAAUUAUAAGGGAUUUUUUCAGUUAAUGUGCAGUAAAAGUUGCUGUGUUUAUUUCCAUAAAAUUUGUUGGAAAAAGUUCAAGAACUUAAAAUAUCCAGGUGAAAAUGAUCAGAGUUUUAGUGGGAAAAAAUGUUUGAAAGAAGGAUGUAUGGGUGACAUGGUAAGGAUGCUGCAGUGUGAUGUACCUGGACUUGUUAAAAUUUUGUUUGAAGUUAUGAGAAAGGAUGAAUAUAUAACCAUUGAAAAUUUAGGAGCAAGUUAUAAAAAACUGAUGUCUCUGAAAAUAACUGAUACUGAUAGAAGACCGAAGAUCAGUUUAAAAUUUAAUACAAAAGAUGAGAUGCCCAUCUUCAAACUUGAUUAUAAUUAUUUCUAUCAUCUGCUUCAUAUAAUUAUUAUUUCUGGUACUGACAUUGUCCGACAAAUAUUUGAUGAGGCCAUGCCACCCCCUCUUUUGAAAAAGGAGCUUCUUAUACACAAGAAUGUGCUGGAAUCCUACUAUAAUCAUCUUUGGACCAAUCACCCUUUGGGUGGAUCAUGGCAUCUGCUUUAUCCUCCAAAUAAGGAACUACCACAGUCCAAACAGUUUGACUUAUGCCUCCUGUUAGCGCUCAUAAAACAUUUGAAUGUAUUUCCUGCACCCAAAAAAGGUUGGAAUAUGGAACCAUCAUCUUCUGAUCUCUCUAAGUCUGCAGAUAUCCUGAGGCUAUGCAAAUAUAGGGAUAUCCUCCUUAGUGAGAUUUUGAUGAAUGGUCUCACUGAGUCACAGUUCAAUUCAAUAUGGAAAAAAGUUUCAGAUAUUCUUCUGCGCCUUGGGAUGAAGCAAGAAGAUAUUGACAAAGUGAAAGAAAAUCCCAUUGAGAAUAUCUCCCUUGAUUACCAUCAACUGUCUGUCUACCUAGGCAUACCAGUACCAGAAAUCAUCCAGAGGAUGUUAUCUUGCUAUCAACAAGGAAUUGCUCUACAGUCAAUAACAGGCAGUCAACGUAUUGAAAUAGAAGAGUUGCAGAAUGAAGAAGAAGAACUAAGUCCACCUCUCAUGGAGUACAAUAUAAAUGUGAAAUCGAACCCUGAAAUGCAGUUAGCAGAAAUGAAUAAAGACGGGGCAUCAAUACCCAGUGAAUCUUCAACGGAAUCUGUUAAAGAUCUCCAGGAAGUUAAGAGUAAACCAAAGAAAAAGAAAAAAGCUAAGAAUAAAAAGAAUAAAGAAUCAAAAGAAGAGGAAGUCCCAUGUACAGUAGAAAAAGAAGACCAGCUGAAGAAAGAACAAAUAAAUCUACACCCAGUCAGUAGAUUUAUAAAAGAUGAUACAAGUGAUGUUCAAGAAGAUUCUGCAAAUGAAGACAAGUUCUAUAGCCUAGAUGAAUUGCAUAUUCUGGACAUGGUAGAGCAGGGCUCAACUGGCAAAGUCACUGCAGACUAUGGAGAAACUGAAAAGGAGAGAAUGGCUUAUCAGCGGCAGCUUUUCAGAUUGCACUAUCAGUGUGAAGAUUUCAAAAGACAGUUGAAAACAGUGACUUUUCGGUGCCAAGAAAACCAAAUACAUAUUAAAAAGAAAGACAAAAUCAUUGCGUCUCUUAAUCAACAAGUGGCUUUUGGAAUCAAUAAGGUUUCCAAAUUACAGCGUCAAAUCCAUGCUAAAGAUAAUGAAAUCAAGAAUCUCAAAGAGCAACUUUCCAUGAAAAGAUCUCAGUGGGAAAUGGAGAAGCAUAAUUUGGAAAGCACAGUUAAGGCAUGCUUAAACAAACUGAAUGCAGAAACCAGCAGAGCUUUAACAGCUGAGGUCUAUUUCUUACAGUGUCGUAGAGAUUUUGGUUUGCUUCAUCUAGAACAGACAGAAAAGGAGUGUCUCAGUCAGCUCGCCAGGGUGACUCACAUGGCAACAAGUAACCUAGAAUCACUUCAGUUGAAGGCUGCAGUAGAUAGUUGGAAUGCCAUCGUGACGGAUGUUAGAAACAAGAUUACAUUCCUGAGGACACAGUACAAUGAACAAAUUAACAAGGUGAAGCAAGGGUUUGCCUUGAGUACUUUGCCUCCAGUUCAGCUUCCUCCUCCACCACCCAGUCCUGAGAUACUGAUGCAGCAGUUCUUGGGAAGACCACUUGUGAAAGAAUCUUUCUUUCGACCCAUACUUACCGUCCCGCAAAUGCCUAUAGUUUGCCCAGCAGUCAUUUCUGUACCUGGUCAACCUAGAGCCCCCUUGAUGACUGGCAUAGCCUGGACUGUGCCUGCGCCUGUGGGAGAGACUGUGCCUGCCUGUGCUCGGCUGGGAAGUGAUUCUUCCAUGAUGAAUUGGGAAAGGAUGACAGAUAGACUGAAAACCGCCUUUCCACAACAGACCAGAAAGGAGCUUACAGAUUUCUUACGAAAACUAAAGGAUACUCAUGGAAAGUCUUUAUCUAGACUGACAUUUGAUGAAAUUGUUUACAAGAUUUACCAAUUUAUUGACCCCAAGAGAUCUCAGAGUCAAGGAAAAUCAGUGCCAAAUGGUAAUGGUGUUUCACCCAGACUUUCUUCAUCACAGCCCAAUACUGCCCAGUCCCCAAAGCCAGCCUGGAGGCCACUCAGUUCACAAGGUUCUGCCAGAUGGAAAGGAGCCAAUAAUUUGGAUGAGGAGGAGGAAGAGGAGCCUUGUGUGAUCUGCCAUGAGAAUUUAUCUCCAGAAAACCUUUCAGUUUUGCCUUGUGCUCACAAAUUCCACUUCCAGUGCAUUAGACCAUGGUUGAUGCAACAGGGAACAUGCCCAACAUGCAGACUCCAUGUUUUGCUGCCAGAAGAAUUCCCUGGUCAUUCAAGCCGACAGGUGCCCAAGAUCUGAUACAAGGAAGGGUGACUAUGCAAAUGGAAACUUAGUUUUCAGAUGCUCCACUUUAGUUCUGCCUUUUAUUCAGAGCUUAUUGUGUGAGUAGUUUGUGAUUUUAUUAUGAUAUUGAAAUAGUAUGCUCUUCAGUGAUAUGCUCAAGAAGCUAGCUAAUCUCAUUAAAGUGGCAGCCAAAGACAUCAGGACAAAUCUUCAGGACUUGUGAACUGAAAUAAAGGGGCUUAAAGAAGAGGAUAUUUUAUCAUUAAUAGUUAUAUUUACCCUUAUGUUAGUAAGCUUUUUCUUCUAGUAUAAACAUAACUGUUGUUAUCUUCCUUAAGAUAUCUUUUCUUGUCUUUUUUCCUAAUUAUUCCAUUCAUCCUUUGCUUUUCCUCAAGGGUACUACAUUUUAAUUUUCUGAAAUAAAUUUAAGCAAUAUGAAAAGUGGAAUAGUGAAGAAGUGGGAAAAGUCCACAGAUUUUAGUGUUGUCUUUUUUCUUUUAAAACUAGCUAUAAAAUAUAUUUGUUAAUCAUUUAAAUUUUAUCUCCAUCUUCUGCAUUCUUUUGUAUCAUCUGAAGUAAGUUCCCAUGAAGAUUAUGAGCUCCUUGAAGGUGGAAACCAUACACUGGUUUGUUGAAGGAGCUGGCUUACAAUAAAUUAUAUGAAGUGAUUGUCUCAGGUGAAAGUUUCAGGAAUUUUGCAAGCCAGUUGUCAAAUUGUUGGUAGCUUGAACUCUGCCGUAGUAGAAGUGUUACACCAUAGAAAUUGAAAAUGCUAUUAAAUAUAGACUCUCAUCUCAAGAGUUGGUUGUUAAACAUCUGUUAGCACACCAUUGGCCCAUGCCUGUCCUGUUUUGUG